AUGGCAGCCAAUGCAGACGUGACACCGCCCCCGCUCCAGGGAGUGCCUACGUCCAAGGAGAAGAGAUAUGACAGACAGCUGCGUCUCUGGGCUGCCAGCGGACAAGCCGCCCUCGAAGAAGCUCACAUCCUGCUCAUCAACAACGGCCCCGGCGUCGUCGGCGUCGAGACUCUCAAGAACCUGAUUCUUCCUGGCAUUGGACGCUUCACCAUACUGGACUCGACUCUGGUGUCGGAACAAGAUCUGGGCGUCAACUUCUUUCUAGACGAGAGCACUCUGGGCACCUUCCGCGCUGAGUCGAGCCGUCGUCUCCUGCAAGAGUUGAAUCCUGAUGUUGAGGGACAUGCCAUCACCGAGCCCUUACAGGCUUUCGUCGCCAGAGAGGGCGCUCUCAAUCCGUACACUCUGGUGCUACUCACGGCUCCCACUACGCCAGACGUGCUCGAAGUCAUCUCAACCCACUGCCAGACCCACGCCGUACCUCUGUUCUACAUCCAUUGCUCCGGCUUCUACUCACACUUCUCCCUCUCGCUGCCACCAGCAUUCCCCAUUGUCGACACUCAUCCCGACCCUGUCUCGACGACAGACUUGCGCCUGCUCGCUCCAUGGCCUGAACUCGUCCAAUUCCAAAAGGAAAAGACAAGCAACCUCCAAGCACUGUCGCCCGAAGACAUUGGUCAUGUUCCAUACCUUCUGCUUCUACUGCACUUCCUGGAUGAAUGGCGUGCAUCUCACGACGGCCAGCCCCCUCAGUCCUACCAGGAAAAGACUGACUUCCGAAACAUGGUCGCGAAGGCUUCUCCUCCCGAUGAAGAGAACUUCGCUGAAGCUACUGCCGCCAUUAUCAAGUCUCUCAACCCUCCAACCGCUCCAGGCUCAGUCCUGACCGUUCUGGACGCCCCAGAGACAAAUUCUUUGGCUCCCACCUCUUCCGCCUUCUGGUUUAUCGCUAACGCUAUCCGCACCUUCUACUCUGCGAAUAACCAACUUCCUCUCCCGGGUGCCGUACCAGAUAUGAAGGCCAGAAGUGCCGACUAUAUCCAACUGCAGAACAUCUACAAGUCCAAAGCCCGCAAGGAUGCUGCCGAGGUACUGCAAACUGUCCGCUCACUUGAGGCCUCGGUUGGUCGCAGGGAUCCCAUCGAUGAGAAGGAAGUCGAGGCUUUUUGCAAAGGUGCUGCUCACAUCAAGCUCGUCCGUGGCAAGCCUCUUCGUGUUGCACGCGGUGAUAUUCCCCUCCUUUGGGGUGAAGACGCUGCCAAAUCUGCUGUUGAACAACUCAACAACUUGACUUUCGGAAUGGACAGCGGUAUACUGCAUUACAUUGCCUUUGUCGCGUGGGACACAUUUGUCGCUAGUCACAACGUCGAUGGACUUGGUGGCGAGCCCAGAGUGCCUGGCUCGAAUGAUACCGACAUCGACACCGAUGCUGAAAAGAUGGUCGGCAUCGCUUUGAACAUCAUGGAUUCUCUCAUCAACGAGGCUGGCACUUUCAUCGAGAAUCCUGGAUACGAUGACCUCAAAGCAAAGUGUGCCAAUAUCGUGCGCGAGCUUGUUCGUGCCGGUGCGUCCGAGCUUCACAACAUCGGCUCCUUGACCGGCGGCUUGGUGGCUCAAGAAGUCAUCAAGGUCAUCACAAAGCAAUACGUGCCUAUCGACAACACUUGCGUCUUCGAUGGCAUUGAGAGCAAGGCUUCCGUCCUUCGCAUUUGA